GGAGCCCGGGUGAAGAUGGCGGCAGCCGUUCUGAGUGGGCCCUCGGCGGGCUCCGCGGCCGGGGUUCCCGGCGGGGCCGGGGGUCUGUCGGCGGUGGGCUCGGGCCCGCGUCUCCGCCUGCUGCUGCUGGAGAGCGUGUCCGGGUUGCUGCAGCCGCGCGCGGGGAGUGCCGUGGCGCCCGUGCAUCCCCCGGUGCGCUCGGCCCCGCACUUGCCCGGGCUCAUGUGCCUUCUGCGGCUGCAUGGGACGGUGGGCGGGGCCCAGAACCUGUCCGCCGUCGGAGCGUUGGUGGGGCUCAGCAAUGCGCGGCUCGGUUCCAUCAAAACUCGGUUUGAGGGCCUGUGUCUGCUGUCCCUGCUGGUGGGGGAGAGCCCCACGGAGAUGUUCCAGCAGCACUGUGUCUCCUGGCUUCGGAGCAUUCAGCAGGUCCUGCAGUCCCAGGACCCGCCCCCCACAAUGGAGCUGGCUGUGGCCGUGCUCAGAGACUUGCUCCGGUAUGCAGCCCAGCUGCCUACGCUCUUCCGGGACAUCUCCAUGAAUCACCUCCCCGGCCUUCUUACCUCCCUGCUGGGCCUCAGGCCAGAGUGUGAGCUGUCGGCGCUGGAGGGAAUGAAGGCCUGCAUGACCUACUUUCCUCGGGCUUGUGGGUCUCUCAAGGGCAAGCUGGCCUCAUUUUUCCUGUCCCGGGUGGAUGCCCUGAGCCCUCAGCUCCAGCAGUUGGCCUGCGAGUGUUACUCCAGGCUGCCGUCUCUAGGGGCCGGCUUCUCCCAGGGUCUGAAGCACACGGAGAGCUGGGAGCAGGAGCUGCACAGCCUGCUGGCCUCUCUGCACAGCCUCCUGGGUGCCCUGUACGAGGGAGCAGAGACAGCCCCUGUGCAGUACGAGGGUCCUGGGGUGGAGGUGCUGCUUACACCCUCAGAGGAUGGGGACACCCAUGUCCUUCUCCGGCUCCGGCAGCGAUUCUCUGGACUGGCCCGCUGCCUGGGGCUCAUGCUCAGCUCUGAGUUUGGGGCUCCCGUGUCUGUCCCCGUGCAGGAAAUCCUGGAUGUCAUCUGCCGGACCCUCAGCAUCAGCGCCAAGAACAUUAGCUUGCUUGGAGAUGGUCCCCUGCGGCUGCUGCUUCUGCCUUCCAUCCACCUUGAUGCCUUGGACCUGCUCUCCGCGCUCAUCCUUGCGUGUCGAAGCCGCCUCUUGCGCUUUGGGGCCUUGAUCAGCCGCCUGCUUCCCCAGGUCCUCAAUGCCUGGAACCUUGGCAGGGACACCCUCGCUCCAGGCCAGGAGAGGCCUUACAGCACUGUGCGGACCAAGGUAUAUGCUGUGUUGGAGCUGUGGGUGCAGGUGUGCGGGGCCUCGGCCGGAAUGCUUCAGGGGGGGUCCUCAGGUGAGGCGCUGCUGUCCCACCUGCUCAGUGAUAUCUCCCCGCCGGCUGACACUCUGAAGCUGCGCAGCCCGCGGGGGAGCCCGGACGGAGGUCUGCAGACAGGGAAGCCCAGCGCUCCCAAGAAGCUGAAGCUAGACGUCGGGGAGGCCAUGGCCCCACCCAGCCACCGGAAAGGAGACAGUAACGCCAACAGUGAUGUGUGCACAGCUGCACUGAGAGGACUCAGCCGGACCAUCCUCAUGUGUGGGCCUCUCAUCAAGGAGGAGACUCACAGGAGGCUGCAUGACCUGGUGCUGCCCCUGGUCAUGGGGGUCCAGCAGGGCGAGGUCCUAGGCAGCUCCCCGUAUACCAGCUCGCGCUGCCGCCAGGAGCUCUACCGCCUGCUGCUGGCUCUGCUGCUGGCACCUUCCCCCCGCUGCCCGCCUCCCCUCGCCUGUGCCCUGCAAGCCUUCUCCCUCGGCCAGCGAGAGGACAGCCUCGAGGUGUCGUCAUUCUGCUCAGAAGCACUGGUGACCUGUGCUGCCCUGACCCACCCCCGGGUUCCUUCCCUGCGCUCCAUGGGCCCUGCCUGCCCCACGCCUGCCCCAGCUCCCCCUCCUGAGGCCCCAUCUCCAUUCAGGGCCCCUCCCUUCCAUCCCCCCGGCCCCAUGCCCUCGGCGGGCCCCAUGCCCUCCGUGGGCCCCAUGCCCUCGGUGGGGCCCAUGCCCCCAGCGGGCCCCAUGCCCCCAGCAGGCCCCAUGGCCCCGACACGCCCUGGACCUCCAGCCACAGCCAACCACUUGGGCCUCUCUGUCCCGGGCCUGGUGUCUGUACCCCCCCGGCUCAUCCCUGGUCCUGAGAACCACCGGGCAGGCUCAAAUGAAGACCCUGUCCUUGCCCCUAGUGGCACUCCUCCCCCCGCUAUCCCUCCAGAUGAAACUUUUGGGGGCAGAGUGCCCAGGCCAGCCUUCGUCCACUACGAUAAGGAGGAGGCAUCUGAUGUGGAGAUCUCCUUGGAAAGCGACUCUGAUGACAGUGUGGUGAUUGUGCCCGAGGGGCUGCCGCCCCUGCCACCCCCACCGCCCUCAGGCACUACGCCACCCCCCGUGGCUCCAGCCGGGCCACCAGUGGCCUCCCCUCCUGUGCCAGCCAAGGAGGAGCCUGAGGAGCUUCCUGUGGCCCCGGGGCCCCUCCCCCCCCCACCUCCUCCCCCUGUGCCGGGCCCUGUGGCCCUGCCGCCGCCACAGUUGGUACCCGAGGCGACUCCUGGUGGAGGAGGACCCCCUGCCCUGGAGGAAGACCUGACGGUUAUUAACAUCAACAGCAGUGAUGAGGAGGAGGAGGAGGAGGAGGAGGAGGAGGAAGAGGAGGAGGAGGAGGAGGAGGAGGAAGAGGAGGAGGAAGAUUUUGAGGAAGAAGAGGAGGAGGAAGAGUAUUUUGAGGAGGAAGAGGAGGAAGAAGAGGAGUUUGAGGAGGAGUUUGAGGAAGAGGAAGGGGAGCUGGAGGAGGAGGAGGAGGAGGAGGAUGAGGAGGAGGAAGAAGAGCUGGAUGAGCUGGAGGAGGUGGCAUUUGGUCCAGCAGCAGGGGCAGCAGAGGAAGGCGGGCCUCCACCCCCAAGCCCGCCCCCUGCCCUGCCCCCCGCCCAGUCCCCCAAGAUGCAGCCUGAGCCCCCAGGGGAGACCGGGCUGCUGCUGGAGGUAGAGGAGCCGGCAGCGGAGGAAGAGCCCGGGGCCGAGGCUGCCCCCACGCUGGCCCCCGAGGUCCUCCCCCCCCAGGGGGAGGGGCCGCGGGAGGUGGGGAGCCCCCCAGCCGUGCCGCCGCCUCAAGAGCUUAUUGAAGAAGAGCCCCCAGCUCCCCCAACUCUGCUGGAAGAGGGGACUGAGAGUGGGGGGGACAAAGUGCCAGUCCCCCAGGAGACGCCUGCGGCAGAAGACGUGGAGGCCGAGGUGGAGGCAGAGACGGCAGCCCUGCAGGAGAAGGAGCAGGAUGACACGGCUGCCAUGCUGGCUGACUUCAUCGAUUGUCCCCCUGAUGACGACAAGCCACCACCGGCCACAGAGCCUGAUUCCUAGUCCUCUCUGGCGCCCCCCCCUCCCGGUUUCCAAUAAAGUUAUGUCCUGGGAUAACA